AUGAAUCCAGAUUUAAAAUAUGUUUGCAUUAAAUUUGCAUGCAUAUUCGGUGGUGAAAAAAUAAGAUGCAGAGGUACUGGAAUUAGAAAAAGAUCAACUUACAGAGAUCUAGGAUGUCCUUGCAUGAUAAAUGCAGUCGUCGGUGAAGAUGGUAAUCAUGUUAGACUAGAUACGGUUAUACUUCAACACAAUCAUGUUGUUUGUAAAACAUUGUAUGAUUCCAUUAAAAAAACAAAAAGAAAAGGGCAAAAAUUAUUUAAAACAAAUAAAGACAUACCGCAAAUAAAUGAAAUUGUUAAUUAUAAUAAUUUAGAUAUAGAUACCAACAAAGUAGACAAUUUAAUUUCGCAGGAUGUGUUUAUUAAUCCAGUCGGAAAAGAUGAUGAUAAUGAUAAAGUUUUGAUUGAAAAUCAAGAUUUUUUAUUAAAUCAAUCUGAAACAACUGAAAAUUAUUUACAAAGGAUUAAAGAUAAAUAUGGAACUAAUGUUAAAAUUUUAGUCGUCGAUUCCGAAACUGCUAACGAUGAAUAUGAUGAUUUAUCACCGAUGGACAAUGAAAAAGAAAACACAUCUUUGGAAUGUAGUUUCAAAGAAGAUUCUCUAAAAGUUUGCCGACUCUGUUUAUCUUCGAAAGAAAAAUUGACUCCUAUUUUCAAUCCGGAUUUACCACUUAAAAGUACAGUUUUAUCAUUUAAAAUAAUGGGUUGUGCUUCGAUAGAAAUAAGUUGUGAUGAUGGCCUACCUAAUAACAUAUGUAAAACCUGCGAACAAGAUCUUGAUAUAGCUUAUAAAUUCAGAAUCAGAUGUGAAAAUUCUGAUUCCAUUUUAAGAAAAACAAAUCUAAACAAAUUGAUAAACCCCUCGGAAGAAAAUAGUAAUGGCGUCACUUUUUUAGAAGAACAGACUGAUUGUGAAGUUGUAAUGCAAGAAAAUUUAGAUUCUUAUCAAGAGAUAUCGAAAGAAAAUAAUAAUUCAAAGUCUGAAAUGUUAAGCGAUUACACACGACAGGAAAACAUGUACUUACAAUUUGAUAUUCCUUGUCCAGUUUGCGGAUUAGAAUUUGAUAAUUGUGAAUCAACACUCAAUCACUUGGAUACCCAUACGGAAAAUGAAAAUUUACUCCUUACUUGCAAUUUGUGUAACGUUAUAUGUCUGUCUUUAAAACAAUUACAAGAUCACAUCAAAGAACAUUUAAACGAAAUAAAACCAAAUGUGAAUAAAUGUUCUCAUUGUAAAAAAUUACUGUCGACAGAGGAAGAACUUAGGGAUCACGAAAAACAAUGUCACGAAAACGACGGUCAGGUGAAAAAGGCAACGGAAAUGAAUUACCUGUGUAACAUUUGCGGGAAAAUAUUGAAAACGAAAGACAGGUUCAGAUCUCAUAAAAACACACACGACGGCAUCAGACCCCAUAUUUGCCUCAAAUGCGGGAGAGGAUUCGCGGACAGGAAAAACAUGCAUCAUCAUUACAACGUGAUACAUUUAAAAAAACCUAAACUCGAGUGUCCGGUGUGUCAGAAAAAAUUUUACACGAGAACGAAAAUGAAAUCUCACAUCACAAUGCACUACGGAGUCAAACCCUUUUCGUGCGACGUUUGCAACAAAACGUUCAGAUUGAAAAUGAACAUGAUCAAACAUAAGAAAACGCAUUCGAACGAUCGUCCUCACAAAUGCGAUAAAUGUCAAGCCGCAUUCAUAGACAAAAACAUGCUCAAAAGACAUUCGUACAUACACGGAGGAAUACGACCUUUUCCCUGUCCCAUUUGCGGUCAUAGAUUUUCCGUAAAGUUUCAUUUGAAAAAACAUUUGGAAAAGGGAAAAUGCUGUUCGAAAAAUGCCGUUACGACCAUAACCGGGACACCGGAUAAUUAUCAAUGGGUCGAAGAAUUUCAACAACCGGAAGUUAAUUUCGCGGGAAACGAAUGUUUGAUUGUUUACAAAGCGAGCGAUGGGAUUGGAGAACAAAAUUCGGAAAGUAUCGCCGUAGAUAUAUUACAACAAUAUCCACAAAAUACAAAUUCGUAG